CGGGCUCCCGCUUUCUCCAACUCGUGGCAUCCUUUUCCAUGACUCGGGAUAACGCGCCCUGCUCAUCUGCGGCCGCCGGGAACCUCGGGGGUUUUCUCUUUACAACCGCGCCGCUGGACAGCGCCUGCAUACACGUUUAAGGAAAGGGGCAUUUACAAACUAGAUGUAAAGACGGAACCUCCACAGCAAUCAAAUAUGCCCUGUGUGCAAGCGCAGUAUAAUCCUUCACCACCUGGUUCAAAUUAUGCGGCUCAGACCUACGCGUAUGGCUCGGAGUAUAGCUCAGAGAUCAUGAAUCCUGACUACACUAAGCUGACCAUGGACCUGAGUAGCACCGAGAUCACUGCCACCGCCACCACCUCCCUUCCCAGCUUCAGCACCUUCAUGGAGGGUUACUCCGGCAGCUAUGAGCUCAAGCCUUCCUGCCUCUACCAAAUGCAAUCCGCCUCCUCCUCCAGCCAGAGGCCCCUCAUAAAGAUGGAAGACACUCGGCUUUCUUCCUACCAGCAGUCACUACCACCAUCGGCAGACGAGGGCAUGCCCAGCACGUCCAUGUACUUCAAGCAAUCCCCGCCCUCAACGCCCACCCCCCCCGGCUUCCCCCCUCACCAGAGCCUGUGGGACGAGCCCCCGCUGCCACCCACACAGACCUGCCUUCCUCCCGGCCACCUCAUGGAUGCUGCCCCCAUGAAGACGGUGCCUCCGCGCUUCCCUCUCUUCCACUUCAAGCACUCGCCUCCCCACACGCCCGCAGCGGGCGCCCACAUGUGCUACGACCCUGCCUCCUUGAGCCUGCCCCUGGGACCGGACAGACCCAUGGCCAGCCAGGCCUCCAUGGAGAGCCAUUCCUACGGGCUUCCCUUGGCCAAGAGACCCGGCACGCUCGCCUUCUCGCCGCUCAGCCUCAGCGCGAGCACCUCCAGCCUCAUGGGCGAGAGCAGCGGCGGCAGCAGCGGCCUCCCAUCGCCGCCCAGCAGGAGCUCCUCGUCCGGGGAGGGCACCUGCGCCGUGUGCGGGGACAACGCCGCCUGCCAGCACUACGGCGUGCGCACGUGCGAGGGCUGCAAGGGCUUUUUCAAGAGAACAGUUCAGAAAAAUGCAAAAUAUGUUUGUCUGGCAAAUAAAAACUGUCCAGUGGACAAGCGACGUCGCAACAGAUGCCAAUACUGCCGAUUUCAGAAGUGUCUCAGUGUCGGCAUGGUUAAAGAAGUUGUCCGUACGGAUAGCCUGAAGGGGAGAAGAGGUCGACUGCCUUCCAAACCAAAGAGCCCCUUGCAGCAGGAACCCUCGCAGCCCUCGCCGCCUUCUCCCCCCAUCAGCAUGAUGAACGCCCUCGUCCGAGCUUUAACCGAUUCCACUCCCAGGGAGCUUGACUACUCCAGAUACUGUUCCAGCGACCAGGCUGCUGCAGGCACCGAUGCAGAACACGUCCAGCAGUUCUAUAACCUUCUCACUGCCUCCAUUGACAUAUCGAGAGGCUGGGCAGAAAGAAUCCCCGGAUUUACUGACCUCCCAAAAGAAGAUCAGACAUUACUCAUAGAAUCGGCUUUUUUGGAGCUCUUUGUACUAAGACUCUCAAUCAGGUCUGAUACUGCUGAGGAUAAGUUUGUAUUCUGCAAUGGACUUGUGCUUCAUAGACUUCAGUGCCUUCGUGGAUUUGGGGAGUGGCUCGACUCUAUUAAAGACUUUUCCUUAAACUUAAAGAGCCUUAACCUUGAUAUCCCAGCCUUAGCAAGUUUAUCAGCUCUAACUAUGAUUACAGAACGGCAUGGAUUAAAAGAACCAAAGAAAGUGGAAGAGCUAUGCAACAAGAUCACUAGCAGCUUGAAAGAACACUUAACUUUGAGUUGCCAAAACAAGGGACAAGCCGUGGAGUCUGCGGAGCCUAAGGUACUGGGUGUUCUCGCUGACUUGCGCUCCCUCUGCACACUGGGACUGCAGCGCAUCUUUUACCUGAAACUGGAAGAUUUGGUGCCCGCCCCUUCCAUAAUUGACAGGCUCUUCCUGGACACCUUACCCUUCUGAGUCCAUCGCCCUGCGGAAAGGCAAACGCCCACCCGAGCAGGCACAUGGAUUGUGACUUACAGCUAAUGUUUCUGCCCCCACUUAGCAGAAAAGCGGCUCCGGCUCUAAAAAUGAGAUAUUUUCUGGCGCUUUGCCCUUACAACCUGAGGCCUAAAAGUUACUGGCUUACCGUUUUUUGGGGUUGCGUUCUUUGUUUUCUUUUGUGUGAUUUGGGGUUUUUUAAAUUGCUAAUACGGCACUUUUGGACAAUGCCAUCCCAGCAGCAGUAAAAGGUUAAUAUGACUGUUUCAAAUCUGUCGUUGAACACCUCCUUGUUUAUGAGGAGUAAAAUAGUAGAAGCUGUGUGUUUGAAAACAAGGGCAGCGAAUAGUUGUUUGCCAGGGUAGUAUGUGUUUUGUGACAAUACCUUUAGCAUACUUCCUGCAUCAAGGGCACAUACAUUGGCACAAUCUAACAAAAAGUUCACUUUUUAUAACAAAGUACAUUCAACUGAACAUUUCAUAGAAAUCAAAUAUAGCAAAAUGACAAUGGCUGUUAGCUCCCAUGUUCAAGUGCAAUUUUUUAAAAGUGCUGUCUUAAUAAGUCUUGUUUAUUAACUAAUUUAUUUUAAUAUGAAAAUAAGUGGAAGAAGUGAAGUGACAAAAUUACAUGCACUAACUUACAUGACAGAGUUUUCCAAACUUGAUUCCAUGUAGAAGGACUUACUGACAAAUGUAUGUGGAGGACACAGGAACAGCAGUGACUCAAUUGUUCCUUAGAUGAGGAAAUCCGAGUAAGUAGUGACUGGAGCAUACAGGGUCAGCAUCAGGGAUAGCUAAAUUUUAGACUUUAACACAAGUAACAAGUUCUUAAACAGACACAAGGUAGUUCCGAAGAACAAGCAAGUCUUGUAAAAUAGUCUGAAUGUAAGUGCUAGGAAGGGUAUAGUGGGCUGCGUUUAAACAUUCCGUGUUCGUACUCCUUUUUGUAUGUUUAUACUGUUGAUGCCAUAUUAAUAUGAAAUAAUUUGUUGCAUAGUGUCUUUAUUUGUAUAAAUGUUUGUAUGCAUGGUAUAUCGUAAUGGCUUUGCCUGUAUUUAUUGCAAUGACUGCCAGCUCAUGGGAGCCCUGUUACACAGAGUAACUCAAUGGGGUGUUCACACUGACUCAGAUGCAUCAGUUGGAGAAUUAUAUACAUAUAUAUAAUGUGUAUAUAUAUAUAUGUAUAUACUAUAUGUGUGUGUGUGCGCGUGUGUGUGUGCGCGUGUCUUUUUAUUAACCAUUUGUACAUAAAAUACCUGUCAAAUCACAAGCAGAGUUAUUUUACAGUUUAUUUGCAGUGACUUCUAAGGCAGUACUGUUUAGCACUUUGAUAUUAAAAUCUUGCUCCUGUUUUGCUAAAUUCAAAUAAUAUUUAAAAAUUUUAGUUCUAAAAAAACUUUAUAUGCACUGUAUUAAGUCAAAAUUUUGUUGGUCAUUUUGCUAAGGAAAUUUCUGAAUGUCAACCUGAUGUCACUGUAUCUUUUGUUAGCUUUAAACAUUCUAGCUUUUGUCUUUUUUUAAACUAUGCUGUUUAUAUGGAAAUUAAAUUAUACAAUCAAACAGAUGCCAAAUGAAUUGCCUAAUUGCUGCAAAGGAUAACCCAGAUAUCGAGUCACUGUAUGGUUUUCAAAUAGUAAUCUGGUAUUUUAUCACUUACUAUGUUUAGAUGUGCUUUUAUGAAAAAACUAUUCUUAUAUCAAGAUUUAUAGUAUUAUCAAUAGGGAUGCAGACUUCUAGUCACUAUAGUUAAUAUUUCCAGUUUACUUGCAGAUAAUAUUUGAAAAAGUAUUGCUUUUUGUAUUGACUUUUAAGCUUAUGUGCAAACAUAAUAGCGUAAUUAAAUAUCAGAGAAGCUAAUGUUUCUUGUAGGUUGCUAUAACAAGCCUGACCAGCAAGACAAAUAUAUUUUGACUGAAUUUCAGCUUUUGUAUAUACUAAAUA